AUGUCAAUAUUAGAAUCUAAAAUAUCAACUCCAAAUAAAUCACCACCCCAGCAACAAAAAUAUACACCAGAACAAGAUCAAGAUAUAGUAAGAUCAAUGUGGGAAACACCGUCAAUAUAUCAAUAUUUAUCAUUUUUUAAACAACCGCUAGGCAUUAAAAAUGUAUCGAGCGACGAUUUAGAGGGUUUGUUAUUAAACCCAAAAAAUUAUCCAAAACUAACCGGUGAAAUAUUUAUUGCAUUAUUAAAAGAUUUAUUACCAAUUACAAAGCAAAGAACAAUAAAUUUUAACAAUUGGGAACAAUUCUUAAAAACAGAAUUAAAUAAAGAAAAUAAUUAUUUUGACAUUUUUGAUGAGAAUCCAUUCCUUGAAGGUGAUCAAUUUUCAGAAAUAUCUCAAGUAAAAGACAGAGUAUUAUUAUUAAAGGCAGUUUGUGAUUGGAGUUUAGCAAAAUCACAAACCAUUUUAGCACAUGUUAAAAAUUAUCUUAAUGAACCUGAUACAUUGAGAAAUUUACCAUUGGGCAUUUUAAAUAAUCAAAAAGAGUUUUAUUAUUAUUUUGGGGAUUAUAGAUUAUACAGAGAAACAGUUACCAAUUCAAAUGGAAGGAAAAAGACCAAAGAUCAAGGUAGAGAGCAAAAUGGUAAAUGGGAAAUCGUUUGUUCAACAAGUGAAGAGUGGGAUGAGAUUAUUGAAAAGUAUGAACCAUAUAGCGAAGAGGGGGAUGAGUCAGAUGAAAAAACAUUAUAUAUAAAUUUAAAGGAUGUUUACCCACAGGUUACAGCAAAAUUAGCAGCAUCUAAAAGAAAGAAGAAUAGCAUGUUUUCUUCAGCACAAGUAUCAAAUCCUGUUAACGAUUCAAAACAUUGGAGAUCUUCACGUUUACUUGCUAAGGAUUUAAGAAAGAAAGAACAAGAGGAUUUAAUGCAGAUUCAACAACAACAAAUACAACAGUUAGAAAAUGAUCCAUUCUCUAGACCAAGAUCAACUAGAGCAAGAACCAAUCUUUAUUUCAAUGAUGAAGGUGUUUUAAAUAACCCACAAGAAAAUGAUGAGGAUAUGAUUGGUGGUGGCAAAAGUGUUGAAAAUGUUAGAAAAAGAGGUAGAGGUUCAUAUGAAGAUAAACAAUCUAUUCAAGUUCAUUUUAGUAGAAGUGGUAGAAGAGUUAUAACAGAUGAUUAUGGUAGACCAAGAGCAUAUUCUUCUUUAACAGAUGAUGAAAAGAAAUAUGUUGAUGGAUUUAUUGAAGAGGAGGGAGAUGGGGAAGGAGGACAAGAGGAAGAAGAAUAUAGAGAACAAUAUAGAGAAGAGGGAGAAGAAGACGAAAGCGAGGAGGAAGAAAGAGAAGAGGCUAAAGAUAUUGUUAACAAUAAUGAAAAUAAUAAUAAAAAUAAUGAAAAUGACAAUAAUAAGUCCGAAAAGCAAAAAUUACAGGAACAAUUACAACAAUUACAACAACAGGUUUUAAAGGAACAACAACAGCCACACCAAGAAAAGCCAAAGGAAACCAUAACACCAAAGGAACCAAUGGAGGAAUCUAAAAGCCAUCAAGAUGAAAAGAUGGAGAUGGAUAACCAUAGUAGCGAUAUUAAUAGCAACACUUUAGACAACGAGGAUACCAAUAAUAAAAAUAAUAGUAAUAAUAACUCUACCAAUAAUAUUAAUAGUUCAAAUAAUACAUUUUACAUAAAAAAGCGGAGUGAUUCGAAAUAA